GCCCGGGGUAGCCACCGUGGCUUGCUACGCUUCGGAAAAACAAAAAAACCAAUUUAACUUACUAAUCCCCCCACACAAUUGGCUGCCCUCGACUCCCGAGGUCUCCAGCCACACGGCAGAAUCCACAAGACCCGAACUCUCCCAAAUCACGAGCCAGCCCACUCUUCCAACCCAAUCCCGACUUCCCCCCCACCGCGACGAACUGGAUAACCAUGGCAUCACUUUUCAGAUCGUCACUGCGUACCUCCACCGCCAUGGCCGUCGUGCCCAAGUUAAGUCGGCCGGUUACUACCACUUCCGCCGCCGCCAUUGCCGUUAAGUGCACCAGGAUGAAGAACUUGGGAGUUUUGGCGCGGGCCGGAAUGGCAAAGAAGGGGUUUCACGUCAGUGCUUCGAGGAAGAUUUUACCGGCUGGGCCCCGUGAGUUUUUCUUUGUGUCCAGUGAUUGCAAUGAAUGAAUGUUGUUGUUGGGUGAUGGGUGGAUGCUAAUGGGAUGGUGGGGGUUUUUUUUAGAGGUUAUUCAGGGAACGGGUAUUAUUGCUUCAGUGCUCUGGUCUUUGGAUUUGAUGUUGGCGCUGAUAAUUAGCAAGUGAAUGAUGCCGCCGAAGUCCCUGAUCCCAACGCUACACAUGGUUCCUACCAUUGGUCUUUCGAACGGGUAUUCCCCUCACACACACACGCCUUCUCCUCAAUGCUAGCUAACACUCUUCCAAAGCUCAUCUCUGUCGCCCUCGUCCCCCUAACUGUAGCCCCCUUCGCUGCUGGUUCCAUAAACCCGGUAACGGACGCUAUACUCGGCGCUACGAUCGUAAUCCACUCCCACAUCGGCUUUGAAUCCAUGGUUAUCGAUUACAUCCCCCAUCGCAGGUACCCCACUCUCAGAAAGGGCGCCUUGUGGGCACUUAAGGGCGCCACGGUGUUGGUGCUUGUGGGGCUAUACGAAUUUGAGACAAAUGAUGUGGGGAUUACUGAGGGUUUGUGCUCCUUCCGUCUUGUUUCCUUUCAGACUGGUCCGGUUUGGUUGGGGUUGGCUGACGCUAAGUGCGGGGAUGAUGGUGUAGCCAUUAAGAGGGUUUGGAGGGCGUAA